AUGACGAAUCUUACUGCUCCAAAUAUUUCAUUCAUAGACUUCAAACUGAAUGGUUUCUACAGUCUAGGAGAAUGGAGGCCUUUUUUAUUCAUCCCUUUUUUUCUGAUUUUUUUAUUGGCUAUUACAGCAAAUUUCAUUCUGAUAUUUUUAACUAUAUUUCAAAAGUCUCUGCAUUCUCCUAUGUAUGUAUUAAUAGCUUUGAUGGCAGUUGUUGACUUAAUGUUGCCUAUAUUUUUUGUGCCUAACAUGCUUCUAAGCUUUUUAUUUAAUUGGAGUGGCAUAUCACUUACUGGUUGUUUGAUACAAAUGUUUUUCAUAAAUUUUGUUGGCUCAUUUCAGUCUACAUUGAUUUUGUGGAUGGCAGCGGACCGUUACUUUGCAAUAUUCAGACCUCUAUAUUAUAACAAAUACAUGGAAAUCCCUAACUUUGUAAAGUUUGUCGUUGUGCCAGUCAUCAGAAAUGGACUCCUGAAUAUCAGCAUGGUCUCUCUGGCUGGAAAACUACAAUUUUGCGUAACAAAUAUUAUUGAGCAUUGUUUUUGUGAGCACAUGGCAUUGGUUCAGUUAGCUUGUGGAGAUAUAACUAUAAAUAACAUUGUAGGACUUUUGACUGUUUUUUUAAUACCAACUGCAGAUUUUAUUAUUGUGACCAUUUCUUAUGUUGUGAUUUUUUCCUCUUUGUUUAAAUCUGGUAAAGCCCACAUGAAGGCCAUAAACACCUGCAUUACUCACAUCAUAGUUAUGGCAAGUAAUUUGAUUUUUGCCCUGAUUGCAUUCAUGUCAUACAGAAUAAGAAAUAAUUUUUCUACUAAUAGUCGUGUGUUUGUGAGCACAAUGUACAUACUUUUUCCAAGUUGUUUUAACCCGAUUGUUUAUGGAGUGAGAACAAAAGAAAUAAGACAAAAGUUUCUUCAGUUUAUAAGCGAAGGAAAAAUACAUUCAUUGUAAGAUAUCCGCUAAAAUUGUAACAUUUAUGUAAGAUUAUAUUUAUGUGCAAUUUUAUUAUUUAGCUUACAUUUGUGCAAUUAGGUCAACAAGGUUGAAAAUAUUUACAAAAAUUACAUGCCACUGUGCACAUUUUUAUGUAUGCAUUUUUGGAU